AUGGAGCCGUCGGUGUCGCUUCAUGACUUGCGAGCGGUCUACGACCCCGAGAUGCACGUGGCCAUGCUGCGAGACGGCAGCAGGCAUCGCUUCUACGGCCAGUGCUUGCUGAUGCAUCCGGAACUCAAGGGACAGGUGGCCAUCGAUGUUGGCGCCGGCACGGGCAUCAUGUCUGCCAUGGCUGUGCUGCAAGGCAAGUUGGGCAAAGUUCACGCGGUGGAGGCCUUGCCGGAGGUCUGCCGCUUGAUCCCACGAGUGCUGGAAGCCACCUUAGAGCCCGAGGACCGCGACAAGGUGGAAGUGCACUGCGGCUUUGUGGAGGAGGUCCUUGACAAGCAGCCCAAUGGUUGGCCGCAGCAUGUGCAACUUAUCAUUUCAGAAUGGCUUGGCAUCAUGGGGCUGAACGAGGGCAUGGUUCGACCUUUGUUGCACUGCCGGGAUGCUUUCGACCCCAAGCCUCACAUGUUGCCUGGGCUGCUGCGAAUCUGGGUGCAGCCUUGUGAAGGUGACGGGCGAUGCGGGCCUGCGGUCAUCCGCAGCGAGCAGCUGCGUGGGACGCCGCAGCUUGUGCUGGAGGCAGACUUGAACACCUGCAGCCUGGAGGACCUCUUUGUCACUUGCACAGUGCAGUUGGGUGCCUCGGGCCUGGUGGGCUGGUUCGAUUUGCAGUGCUGUGCCGAGCACCAGCUGGUGCUUUCCACCUCGCCGCAUGCCGCAGCCACGCAUUGGGCGCAGUGCUGGCUGCCCUUUGGCGAGCGCUUGGACGGCGCGGCGCGGCUGCGCCUGCGCCUCGCGCCGCAGAGCACCGGGCUCCCGGAGCUCUGCGUGGAGCUCACGCCGCCUCCCGGCGCUCCGCUUCGAGGCAUGCGGUUCUUCCUGGACCGCGGCGUCGUGGAGCGCUUCGGGGGCGAGGAUGGCGAGGACGCCCAGGGAGGCGCCAAGAGGCGAAGAACGGAGGACAUCGAGGCGCGGUACUUUCCAUCCGACAUUGCGGAGCUUUUGAGCUUGGCCAAAGCUGCAGUGAGAGACGUUUGA